CCAAUGGCGCCGAGGUUGAGUUAACCGUACUUACGCCGUUAAAUUUGGCUAACUUAGUCCAUUAGCUGGUAUGCUAACGUGUGUGCUUUUAAAGCAACUUAUUCGAUGCAAGAAUGAGUUAGCCGAGGCUAGCUACAGUUCCUCAUUUCGGUCAAGUAGCACGGAAGCUAAUUAGCAACCGCGGUUAACGCCGCUGUGCAUUUAGCCGACUUACGACCGCUUCACAACUUUGGCUUCAACUUUCUAGCGGAGGAGUUGCCGCGAACGAACACAAAGCAAACACAUUACACCCAUCCCAGAACUUACCUGUUAUUUAAAAUCCCGUUCGUUUCUGUUCGUCUGCGUUAUGAUGUUGUAGUUUUACUAUCCAGCAGCCAAUCCCUUAGUCACUAGCUGCCGAGCUAACAAUUAGCUCGCCGCGUUAGCUAGCAUACGUUAGCCUGUAAGCGAAUAGUGAUUUGUUUUGAAGAGAGGGUCAGCCUGCGACAGCGAGCGGCUGCUUGCUAGCUUGCUCAAGUUAGCCGAGUCAAAUGUGCCCUUUUAAAAUCGCUCCAAAGACACUUAUCGAACCCUAUCGACUCCCCGGCACUGACAGAAACACUUGUUAUUUCAAAUAAAGCGUGUUCGAGUCGUACACGAACGCGGUUCUAAGUUUAGCAUGCAAAGCAGGAAAAACUCAGUCAUAUUUUUUCGAAUCAAAAUGGCGACAUGGGUUCGGGGACGCGCAGUCGUCGUGCGCGGGAACGUGCAUUGGACGGCGAACUGAGCAUUUUCGCGUUUUUCAUUAAGUUAACACUACAUAUCAGGUGUAUUGACGUAUGACAAUUUCACAAUGUGAGGAAAUAUUAAAAGUACGAGUAUGUGUGUAGUUUAUUUUAAGAUUAAAUCAUUAGUGACUAAGAUGUGCUUGUUUUUCUCUAAUCGCCAAAUUUGUUGACACAUACACUGCUGUCGGGCGACUAAAGUUGCAAGAAGCAUUUCUGCUCAACUCGAAUUGUGUACUUUGUAACGAAUUCUCAGUACUUAACAGAAAAGAGUGACGUUAGGUGUCCUCCCCUCCCUUCCUUCUUGUACCCUUCCGUCCUCCCCCUAAUAUCCCACAAUGCAUUGCACUUGCUCGCUUGGAUCAUGGACCAAAGCGACAAUGAUCUUCAAGGAAGCGACGGCUCUGGGAGUCUGGGUGGACCGGAUGUACGCAGACGCAUCCCCAUCAAGCUCAUAUCCAAGCAGCCCUUAAGGAUCAAGCCCCCACCCCGUGUCCAGAGACCCGGCAACAGGCCCCUGAAAAGCGAUGCUGCGGAAGAUGAUAACUUUGGCUUCAAACAAGAGGAUAGGUUUGAUUGUGGGAGUAAAGCUGGAGAUGUGUUUGCUGGCCAGAGGAGAUACCCACAGCCACUCGUGUGGGAUUAUAAGUUGAAUUUAAUCGGCGAAAGAGAUGAAGUCCCAAUCCACUUCUGUGACAAAUGUGGGCUUCCCAUCCAGCUGUACGGACGGAUGAUUCCCUGCAAACACGUGUUCUGCUACGACUGUGCUUUGCUGCAUGAGAAGAAAGGAGACAAGAUGUGUCCUGGUCUCAACCUGUACAGAUGCACGGACGCAGUGCAGCGUAUCGAGCAGUGCCAACGCGGCUCCCUCUACAUGUGCAGCAUCGUGUCGGGAUGCAAGCGCACCUACCUGUCCCAGCGCGACCUGCAGGCCCACGUCAACCAUCGCCACUUGAGGGCCGCCAAGUCCUCCUCCGGCCGCCAGGACCCCAUGCACAUGCCCCCUGGAUCCGACGUCCCCGAUAGGUUCCGCGUUCCUCCUCCCCAUAUGACCAAAAACCACAUUCACCUCCCCAACCCACUCCAGCAUGGUGGCCACGACCCCUACGGUCAGCCGCCGCCCCCUCACGACGGACCACCUCCCCCUCACGGCCCCGAGACGUACCGCAUCGCCACGGUGACGACACGCAAGCACAGCAAUCUCAUCACCGUGCCGAUCCAGGAUGACUCCAGGGAGCCGCUUCCGGGCCCAGGUCAGCCCCCCCAUCACCGGCCUGGGGACUAUCCCGGACAGCCGCCUGUCGUGUCCCACGCUCACCACAUGAUGGCGCCGCCCCAGCAGCACUUUGGGCCCCCGCCUCCGCCACCGCCACCCAUCAGCCACCCCAUGCAGCACCCGCCCCAGGUGUACAACCAGGCCCCGCCUCCACCAAUGUCCGCAGCCCCGCCUCCAAUCACCCCACCACCAGGGCACAUUAUGGGCCAAAUGCCCCCUUACAUGAACCACCCACCUCCGGGACCUCCACCACAACACAGCGGACCCCCAGUAAACGCCCCCCCACCCCAUCACUACAAUCCCAACUCCAUGCAGCAGUUCCCCGAAGACCAGGGCACCCUGAGCCCACCCUUUAACCAACCAGGUGGUCUCAGUCCUGGAAUGUGGCCCGCUCCCAGAGGGCCGCCGCCUCCUCGGAUGCAGGGGCCCCCUCCCGGGCCCGGACCACACCACCCAGAUCAAAGCCGCUACCGACCUUAUUAUCAGUAAAGUGAUCAUCGGCCAUCGAUCAUCGGUGUUCCACACCACUUGGAUGAAGAAAUGUGAUGCUCAACCUCAGGGUUACAGGAUGUAGACUUUUAUUCUGAUAAAACUGCCACGUGAGAGUGUGUGCUGCAUUUUAGUUACUUGGAAAACAUCCCAUCCCCUAUUUCAAAAAAAUAAAAUGCUUACCGUACAUUUUCUGGAUGUCAGCUGAGCUCGGUACUUUUGAAAGGUGUUUGAAUAAAUGUUUAGCAUUAAUAUUCCAAUAUUCCAUCUCAUCUUGAGCUUGAUAGAAAGGCCCAUGACGUAGGCUGUUUGUUUUUCAAAAGAGCAUUCCAAGAAAACAUUUCGGUGAAAUUACCUUUGGGAUAUAUCUGUUGACGAGAAAGUUUGUGUUGCAGCGGUUAUUUUAAUGUUGGCUUUUAAGUGAAUGUCAGGAAUAAACACGUGGUUAGCACUGAAAAAGCUCACCUGUUGUGAUCCUCUUAACCCGCAAACUUGGGCAUUGGGAAUAUAGUGGUCACUUCCCCCAACUUUGAACCAUUCCACUUUGAACAUCACUUUCGGAACACUGCGUAUUUUGUAUUUUUUCAAAUUCUAAAAAGAAAAUUAAGAUUUAUGAUAAAUGGAGCAUAAGAUUUAAGAUGAACAAACAUGGUUUGGUAUGAAGAUUUGAUGUAGUUGAAUUAAGGUGAAAAUUCCAACUACUGUACAGUAUAUAACAUAUAUAUGCACUAUACAGCAGGGGCGGGCGGCGCAUUUGGUACCUGGGCCUAUCUUCAGCACACAAUUCUUUCUGGCAGACACUGCAAAAAAAAAAAAGGAAAAGUAAAUAUUUUAAUGCCUGGUCAGGAUUUGAGCCAUAAUUACCGUCAAAGUUAGCAUUGGACUAUGCUGGCGCACUCUGCAAAAUGAAACACCACACCACAACAUAUAUAAGGUCGGAUUGCUGCAAUACCAACACUGUAUUGGCAAUAUAAGUCCCCUUAUAUUGGUAACUGUGUAAUGAGUAUAAAU